UUUAUUUUGCCUAUUGCUGUUGCGGGGCUCGCGUUCUUGUCGAGUAUGUUGAUGGAGUGGCGGAGUGUCAAGGGGAAGAAGAUAGGGGUGCCGGGGGGUGCGUAGCGGUGGCAUUGUAGAGAUGGAGAGUCGCUAUGCAUAAUCUGAUGAAUGGAGUGCAGCCCGACUGCACGUGCGUGAAACGCUGCAGUGGAUGAGCUCCCUGCAUUAGUGGCCGCCGCCCCUUCCGUCUUUCCCGUGUGUUAUGUGGUUGGGUAUGACGGGGUCCAAGGCGUGUGCAAGCAGGUGUCGACAACUUCACUCCAGGAUACAUCCUACACGAAGAAGACCAACGCCUCACUCGAUGUUGAUAAAGCGGAGGAGUGAGUUUCGACAACGGAGACAACAUCCACCACCGUUGAGGCUAGCGGAGGGCCAACUAGAAAGGGCAAGGAGGCGCCGGGUGGCAAGCGGGGCGUUUGCCCGGCGGAACUCUAAAGCUGCACAGCCUCAAUCUUCUUGGCGAUCACUUUGCGCCCUCCAUCAUAGCAGAGAUAUGGCGAUGUUGCUGACCAAAUGGGAUGCUCCAGUUGCUGUUCACAUCCUGCAAGACUCCCCUUCAGCCGUAUUCCCAUUGAUCAAACGGGGUGCAUGGGCAAAGUCCAGACGAAACACCCCCGGCAUCCUGCCCAAACGAGACGACACCCUCUGUCGUCAUUGUCAACACGAGACUGCUUCAAGGGGUCCCGUAUCAACACAAUCCCCCGGCCUGCAAUUGCAUUGCCCUCGACCAUCCCAGACCUUGGCGGCCGUCUGACCGUAUAGUCUCUAGCCCGUCCCUGCCGCGACUCCACCCUCCUCCCUCCGCCCUCUCACUCAACCGCCACCGCCUCGAGUCUCUUACGCUGCCCGAGCCUUGGUCAAACCAACUGCGCCUCACGUCACCUCGGCGCCGACACAUGUCCU